GAGUCAUUUAAAAGAUUCGUUCGAAUUGAACGAUUCGUUCCCGAUCGACCCACUCCUCUUACGGAGCCACGUUAUGACGGUAUUCUCGCUGUCAGCGGUUCUGUGACCUCUUUAGCCGGAGUUGGAGAGUCCAGCUCUGCUCUUCCAGGGUCAUGGCUCUGAAGCUGAUCCAGAGAGUCCCCCCUCUGCUCGGGCGUUACCCUCACGCUGGAGCCGCCAGGCUGCUGAGCACCGGCCCCGCGGCUCAGCCCGUGUGUGUCGCCUGCCUGUGCACCUCAUCCGGCGGCUGCAUCCGGACACAGGGCUGCAGGAAGCUCCAGCAGGACUGUAGGAGAAGGAGCUUCACCACCACCACUACCAUCAAGGAGCCGUUCUUUGUAGCCAGCAGCUCUGUGGGACUCCACAGGGAUUCAUGGCCCCGGUUCCGUCUGACCCAGCUGCACCGACCCACAUCUGCAGAGGAGGAGUCUUUCCAGCAGCGCCUGUGGAGCUGCUCCUCAUCCCUGCAGGUCUUCACACUGCUGCGCUCGGUGGAGAUCGUGUCUGACACCAUGGCUGCAGCGGUGCUUCACCGUGUGGCCGACCUGGAGCAGGUGGGGAACUCUCUGAAGGAUCCCACAGUUCUGGAGAAGGAGACCAUCAGAGCUCUGUGCUUCCAGCUGGAGCAGGACUCCAGGCGGCUGACGGACGCCGGGGCGGUGUCGGCUCUCCGGGCUUGCACGCGGCUCUUCUUGGACCCCUGGAGCACACUGAUGGUGCGGCUGGUGUCUGAGAGCCAGGAGAGGUUAGACCGAGGGCAGAUGAGUGUGGGGCAGCUGUGCACCUUGGGCUUUGCGAUGCUGGCUAUGGAGGGUCCCGGCUGUGUGAUGCUGGAGCAGGUGAUGGAGCAAAUCCAGAAGCAGGAGCCCACCCAGUGGAGCCUGGCAGAUCUCGUUUCUGUAUACAGACUCCUACAAGGUGGCGUGGGUGAAGAUAGGAAGUAUCAGGACCUCCUGAAUGCCAUGCACACGCAUGCUGUGACGGUCACCUCCCGCAUGAAUCCUGCAGCCGUCAGCGGGCUGCUCGGUGCCCUCGUGUCCCUGAAUCAAACCCAGGCCAUGCCUCUUGUGAUCAAUCUGUGCAAACAGGCUGUACGACAUGUACCUCGCUUCUCCGACGAGGAGCUCACCAUCGUGCUCGGGGCGCUUAUGCACUUUGGUCACAGCGAUCGUUUCUUUGUGGAGGCGAUGGAGAGGUAUGUGCCCACGAUGACCUUCACCUCCCACCCGGAGACGGUCACCAAGGUGAUUCAGUUCUUUGGGCGGAGGAACAUCCUCUCCCCGACUGUGUGUGACGCCGUCGCGGAGAGCUUCGUCUACCGAGCCGACGACUACACCACCAGCCAGGUGACCAGGCAGAUCAUGGCUCUUGGAAAGCUCGGCUAUCUCCCUCCCAACGCCAACGACGUGUUCAGGAAAGUGGAGACCAUCCUGUACUCGCGCUUUUCGCACUUCCAGCCUCGAUCGCUGCUCAACCUGCUCCACUCCUGCACCAUGUUGGAGAGGUUCCCCGUUAACUUUGUCUCCAAAGUUUUCAGCAGCUACUUCCUCCAGCAGCUGCAAGACCAGGGCAAUGGGAUUGACCAGAUCAUCCUGGCACAGCUGACCCAGCUCUACAUGACUUUGAAGUUGGAGUGUCCUUUCUAUGAGGGUCCGAAGCUCCUUCCAAAGUACUGUGUGAAGUCUUUCCUCAUGUUUGGACGCUCUCUGGAGACGCCGGUGGACGUACAUCUGUACAACUCUGUGAAAACCGGACUGGUGGAUCUGCUCGGGGCUCGCUCAUACUUUGGAUCCAAAGUUCUGACACCAUACUGCUACACACUCGACGUGGAGAUAAAACUUGAUGAAGAGGGAUUCGUGCUGCCUGCCAGUCAGAAUGACGACAUACACAAAAGGAUAGCUCUUUGUAUCGACGGAUAUAAAAGGUUCACUACAAACAAGAGGCAGCUACUUGGAAAAGAGGCCAUGAAGCAGCGACAUCUGAAGCUUCUGGGAUAUCAAGUUGUUCAGAUCCCGUACUAUGAAUUUGAAAAACUGCGACACAAGAGCAGCGUGGUCGAGUAUCUGCACCAGAAAAUCUUCCCUCACACGUUCAGGCUGAACUGGGGAUGAUGCAGAUGACAGCACUUUGGAUGUGACACUUUAGUUGAGCCUUUUCCCUACUGAAAGAAAUCAAUAUUUACUUUUUCUAAUAAGUCAUCACCAAAAUAAUGUUUUAAGUUAUUGAUUUUUGCGCUUUUGCUUAUAAAACUUGACAAUAAAAUGAGCUUUGUAUAAA